ACUCUCUGCUUCAAACUUCAACUUCAAUGUCUCUUUGACAUAAUCAUAGCCGUUAUUGUUUUAGAAAAUAUUUGAAAACGUGAUUAAAGGUGAUAAUCAGUAUUUAACUGUCUAUAAAUUGCUUACACUUGUUAUUAAAUGGAGCCCAUGACGUUAGGAAGUGCCCCUUCGAGUCCUGCAUCUCCUGCUGCCAACCGCAAUUUUUUACCCGGGUUUCUAAUAGGAGGUGAUAAUCAAAUCCCAUCGGGUAAUCCUAGUAUUUCACCUGGAAGGAAUAAAACUCCUGGUACUGGUGGUAAAACACCUGCAAACGAACCAAAUGGCUUCCGUCAAAAGUUGUUUAGUCAUCAGCUUAACGAAAGUUCAGGUCCCAUGUCUCCAUACUCAGCGGCACCUGAAAAAGGGGGACCUCCCAAGUUGGGACUGUUUGAUAGUUUAGAACAAAAGAAAAAAGGCAGUCCGAUCCUAAGUAGUACGGUAGGUCCAGUUAAUGACUCCAUUACUUUUAAUGAUAGUAUAUCUGGGAUACACGAAGACCAUACCAGCUUUAGAAUGGCCAGCUACAAUGAGUCCAUGUCACGAACACCAAAUAGAAGUUCCUUUAAUGCAGGAGAUCGUAUAGACACACACUGGGUAACUGUUUUUGGCUUCCCUCCUAGUGCUUUAAAUUUAAUAUUAGCUCAAUUAUCCAAUUGUGGUCCUAUAGCAGAGAAAAAGGUACCACCUCAAGGCAAUUGGGUUCAUGUCAAGUUUAAUCAUAUAACGGAAGUAUCUAGAGCACUGUCUCUAAAUUGUAAACUGAUUAAUAACAGUAUCAUGAUCGGAGUGACUCCAUAUCACCAUAAAGAAAACAAAGAAAAUGACAGUUCCAUGUAUGCAUCUCCUAUGAGAGUUAGAUCAUUGAGACAUUCAUUUAUUUCACCUAGCUCCCAAAAUUCUGUUAUUUCACCUCAGGCUUUACCUCAAAAGUCUACAGGAAUUGUUACAAAAGCUAUGGAAUAUGUGUUUGGGUGGUAAAUGUAUGUUUGAUAGAAUUAAAGACUUAAGACAAUGUUUGAAGUAUUAGUUUAUGUUAUUAAUGUUUUUCAAAUUGUUUUUAGAAUGUAACAAUAAAGUAAAUUUUGUGAUAUUUGUCAAACUCUGAUCAAUCCUAAAUUCAAUCUUUUUAAAUUACCCUUUUUGGGAAUCUCAUAACCUAUAAGUUAACCUGAAAUGAUUUAGAACUGGUACAAUAUUUUUUAUAUAAAUUUUUGGUUUGUUAGAUUAGUUAUGAAGUAUGUAUCUUUAUUUAUAAACUUGGACAAGUAACUUUUGUUAUUCUGUCUGGUGCUUAAAUUGUAUUAAUAUUGAAUAAAGACACAUUAGACAACUUCGAAAAUUACAAGUUUUUUAAUAAUAAAUAGAAAUAACAAUUACAAUGUGAAAUAAAACACUAACUUAAAUAUCUUAUUAAAAGUUAUUAUUUUUUCAUGAACUUCCAUUGCAUCAAGAAAGUCAGCUAUUGGAAUUUAUUAUUAAGUAUUCACACUCUCGCCACCAAGUGUAACAUUAACGUGCACUCUGUAUUGGCAAACAUCUAACAAUAAUGUACACUUACAGCGUUUCACAUUAACAAAAUAAUAUAGUUUUGGUGAAUGAUGAAAAAAUUUAAAAUAUUGGUGGUGAUAGUGUUAAUAUUAGUUAUAAUCUUAACUCUUCAGAAUUUCGGAACAUAUGAACUCUACAUACAAACUAUCAUUAUUUCAAGGUAUAACAUGUAUACCAUAGUUAGAAUAAUACAUCCACAAGAAACGUCUGUGUAGUACAUUAAAGAAAGUUAUAAAUGGUGUCUCAUAAGAAAAAGGCAUAAAUAAACAAAUAUUAAGAUAAAAUUUCUAUGUUGUUUUUUCUAGAAUGUAUAAUAGAUGAUAAACAGUUUGCAACUUACAUUAAAAUUUGUAUUUGUCUAGGCAUUUGAAGGUUGAAGGAGGAACACAAUAUUUUGUUAUAAUGUUCUUUGAGUGCCAAUUAUUUGUCAAAAUAAUAUUACCAUAGAAUUUACAUUUGAUGGAUUAACAUCAUGGUUAAUCAAUUGCUGUGAAAAACUCAUUCAUUGCUUAAUUGUUUUAUAAAUCGUCAGAGUAUAUUAUAAUCA